UCCUUUAAUGGAAAAGUCUGCGUAGGACAUGACACUGUUUCGUUUUGCUCUAACUCUUGGUCAUCAUCACACAUGGACGGGCUGCACAUUUUCAUAUAUGUUCUCUUGGGAGUAGUAUCUUUCAGUCAUGGUUGGACCUCUGGAUCAGAGUUGGAGAUGACAGUCAGACCAGGAGAAAACAUCACUCUCUACUGUGACUGCAAGUCAUCAACCGGAGUAUACAUCGUGUGGUACAGGAACUGCUCUCAUGAGAACCAGCCUUCUCUUGUCCUUGAUAAAAAUGUAUGGACAAAAUCCUCUACCGCUGAUCACAUAAUGAAUCCUCUCCCUCGUUUCCACUUUGUGAGAAACUUUUCCUCUGAUACCUAUGACCUGCUGAUCAUUAACAUCACUGAGACCGAUGAAGGGCUCUACUACUGUGGAACUGAACAGUUGAAGGUGGAGAAAGAAGAGCACAUUACUCGCAGACAUCUUUACAAAUAUGGCAACAUCUCAACAAAGAUCCAAUUCACUGUUUUAGACUCCAGUGAGCCUGAUCACCAGGAGACUCCACAAGACUGCAAUGGUGUGUGCUGGAUGCUGCUGUUCUCUCUGUGUCCAGCUGUUGCUGCUCUGUCCUCUCUCCUCUCCUCUCUCCUGGUGUAUCACCUCUGUAAGAAAGAAGAACCUCAAACUGAUCAGCAAACACCUCAAACAAGACAAAAUCAGGAUGAAGAUGUGUGUUAUGCCGCAGUAGAAAUACGUCCGGCGUCACAGAGACCAAAGAAGAAGACAACCCAGAGUUCUGUCACCUAUUCUGCCAUCAACACUUCUAGGAUGUAAACACUUUAAACAAGAGAACAAACACAUCAAAUUGUAUGUGCUAUUUUGCCGGAAUAGUUAUAGCCACUCAUUGUCCCCAUUUUUGAAAAGUAGUACUUAACUAUAUUUCUUAUUU